AUGGAUCCAAAUGAUGUUGUUCGAGAAGGGUAAGAUAAUUAGUUUUUUUUUUAAUUCCAAAAAAAUAUAAUUCCAGAGUUCGAGUAGCUAAAUCAUAUCAUAAAAUUGACAAAACAGAAAAACAUUCCUUUCAUCGGGAUACAAUUAAUAGUUUGUGCACUUUUCGAAAUAGUAUGGUUUUAUCGGGUUCUCGCGACAAAACAAUUGCUUUAAAUAAUUGUGACACGGCUGAUGUUUCAACUUGUUGGACAAAUAUGAAUAGCGAAGUGACAAAAUUAUCAUUUCGAGCCCAAGCUGGAGGAAUAAAACAUACUGUAAUGAGUGGUUCAAGAGAUGGAACUGUUAAUAUGUGGGUUUGUAACAGUCCAAAUCCAAUUAAAACAAUUCCUGGUGCACAUCGUAUGAUUAUUUCCGGAUUAGUUAUUCGAAAUGAUGAUGAAUUUGUUAGUGGAAGUAGAGAUGGUCACACAAAAUUAUGGGAUAUUGAAACUGGAAAAUGUAUAUUUGACACACAAACAAGUCGAAAUCUCGUGACACAUAUGUGUAAUACAACUCGAAAUCUAAUUGGACAAUCAUCCGAAGAUAAAACUGUCAAGUUAUGGGAUCCACGUGAAUCAACACCAGUUCAUACUUUUGCUAGAAAACAACAUAUUCAAAUGCAUUGUGAUCAAAUUGAUGAAAAUUAUAUAGCAUCGUGUAGUAAUGGAUUUAAUAAUGAUGGCUGUGAGAUUACGGUAACUCAAAUUUAAUUACAUACACUUGAAAUCAAAAUUAAUUACAGUUUUAUGAUUUACGGCUAACAAAACCUUUGAGAGAAUUGAAAGGUCAUGAAGGAUCAGUGACUUGUAUAGCUCCAUUACAAUUAAAUGAUAAGAAAUUGAUGGUAUCUGUUGGGUUGGAUAAAACUAUUCGAUUAUGGAAAAUUGAUGAUGGAACAUUAGUUUGGACUGAAGAAUCACCUUUUGAUGCUGAUAAUUUACAAUGUUGUUGUUAUUCUGAUGGACAGUAAGUUAUUUCAAAAAUUAGUGGCCCUUUGGAAUUGAAGUCUUUUGAGAUGCUUUUUGAGAUAAUAUUUAUAAGAAAUUUUCCAAAGAUUUCAAAAUUUCGAUUUUCUCACCAAGUUUCAGUUCACCGUUUAAUUUCGAAAUUUCAGUGUUGUUAUCUCUGGUGGCUUUGGUCGUCUUGCUCUUUAUCAUUGUAAAUAUACUGCUGGUAGACCAUGUUUAAUACAAUUAUGGGUUCAAAAAACACAAAUCAAUUCGUCUUCGAGUAAUCAACGAUUUUAG